CGGGAGUUAGUCAGGUUAUAUUCGGUUGUGUAGAUUAGCUCCCUUUUAUUAGAAACGCCAUUUGUAUAGAACUAAUCUUAUUUCGUUAGUUUUUAUUGUUCAAAACUAAAAUGACAGAAUCACCAAGUAGUUCAGAGGGAGGAGGUAAGUCCAGCCUCUUGUCACAGCUGCAACAUUUCAACAAGAAAAGUCUUAACAAAACAGACACUGCUAUAAAAACUGAGGAUGGUAAAAUAAUUCGAGAGUUCCGAGACGAUUCAGGGAACUGUAGAACAGAGGUCACAAAUAAAAAACAGUAUGGGUUUGUCCCAGAUGUGCUUAUGGAUUUUCAAGUUGGAGAAAUUAGGGACAAUCUUAUAUUCGGUUCUCAAGAUGUGGCAGCAGAAUGGGGUAUACUUGAGAGAUAUGGUGUAACGCACAUUGUUAACAUCGGGACAUAUGUCAAAAACUACUUUGAAAACAAGGUCAAAUACCUAAACGUAAAAGUCAAUGAUACACCUGACACAAAGGUCCUCGGACACUUUGAUCGGACUUUCAAGUUUAUAGACGAGGGUAGGCAGGAUGGAUGUGUGUUUAUUCACUGUAAUGCAGGUGUUAGCAGGGCAUCUGCUUUCACAAUAGGCUAUUUAAUGAAGACAGAAAAUAUGACAUUCAAAGACGCUUUUGCUUAUGUGAAAAGUAAACGUCCGUCAGCAAAACCAAAUGUAGGAUUUGUUGAGCAGCUUACCGAGUAUGAAAAAACUCUAGAUCUGUCGAAAGAAUAAGAAGACUGUGUUAGUUCUGUAUACAUGUAUCCGUCCCUGCUUUUUAAAGGUGGUCAGUCUGAUUUUUUGUGAUGGUGUAAGUCGUUUCUUCGAAACUUUAAGGACCCGAUCAUUUACAUUUAUUUAUAUUCACUGUGCAGUCAGCUUUAUUGUUUGACUUUUAUUCAAGGCAUUUAAAAAAAAUCUAAACCGAAGUAGAAUUACAAAUACGCUGCACUUACUUUUUAUUUGGAAUCAGAUGUAUAGUUGUUAUUUACAUAUUUAGCAGCAUUUCUGC